CACUUCCGUCGCGGCGGCUCCAAGAUGGCGGCGCUGGCGCUGAGGGGUUUCGGCCGGCGCUGCCUCCUGGCCCGGCUGGGGCCCGGCCCCGCCCUGCACCAGACGAUCCCGAUGGCGACGACGGCGCAGGAGGAGAUGAGGAGGUUCUGGGAGAGGAACUCGCGCUCGGGGCGGCCCGUGUCCCCCCACGUCAGCAUCUACAAGUGGUCGCUGCCCAUGGCCAUGUCCAUCAGCCACCGCGGCACCGGCGUCGCCCUCAGCCUCGGUGUGUCGCUGUUCUCGGUGGCCGCGCUGCUGCUCCCGGAGUCCUUCCCGCAUUACCUGGCGCAGGUGCGGGCGCUGAGCCUGGGCCCCGCCCUGCUCUGCUCGGCCAAGUUCCUGCUGGCCCUGCCCCUGUGCUACCACAGCUGGAACGGCGUGCGGCACCUGGCCUGGGACCUGGGCAAGGGGCUGCGCCUGCCGCAGGUGACACAGUCGGGGCUGCUGGUGCUGGCCCUGACCCUGCUGUCCUCCGCCGCGCUGGCCGCCCUGUGACAACACCGGGACUCCGGGUGACAACACUGGGAACUCGGGGUGACAACACCGGGAACUCCGGGUGACAGCGCCAGGAAUUCCGGGUGACAGCGCCGGGACUCUGGGUGACAGCGCCGGGAAUUCCGGGUGACAACACCGGGACUCAGGGUGACAACACCGGGAACUCUGGGUGACAGUGCCGGGAAUUCCGGGUGAUGGCGCCAGAAAUUCCGGGUGACAGCGCUGGGAACUCCGGGUGACAGUCCUGGGAAUUCCGGGUGACAAAGCUGGGAAUUCAGGGUGACAGCGCCACCGGGAAUUCUGGGUGACAACGCCACUGGGAACUCCGGGUGACAACACCGGGACUCAGGGUGAUGGCGCCGGGAACUCGGGGUGACAACGCCAGAACUCCGGGUGACGCCGGGAAUUCUGGGUGACAACGCUGGGAAUUCCGGGUGACAGCGCCAGGAAUUCCGGGAGACAACGCCAACAGGAAUUCCGUGUGACAAUGCCCAGAAUUCCGCCCAUUCCCACCCACUCGUGGGGAAGGUGACUCUUCCCCCCCCUCCCCAAAAUCCCCAAAAUCCCGGGAUGAGCAGAGCUGCCCGUGCUGCCCCAGCCCCGGCGCCAGCAGCGCUCCGUGUCCCCGGUGUCCCCGGUGUCCCCGGUGUCCCCGGGCCGGGACAAUGCGGGAUCUGUGUCCCCACGAGUGGGAUCCCGGCGGGACAAGGAGCUCCAUUGAGGCAGCGCCCCACGGGGGCGGUGCCAGGUGACAGCGCUGCCACCCCGCUGCCACCCCGCUGCCACCGUCCCGCCGCGGUUCCACGAUUCAGCCCCAAUUUUGGGGGAAAUCCCCCGGCUUUUCCCGCUUUGGCACCCCAGGUGUUGUUGUCACCCGUCCCCUGAGGAAUAAAACAGCAGCUCUGACCCUCCA